UCACCAGAAGUAAACGUAUUACAUUGGCUGAUUCUGCGUCUUCCAUCUCCUGCCUGUAGGCCGCUAAAGCGUUGUUUUUAUUUAGUUGGAUAUAUUUUUCCCUACCAGACAAUUUGCUUGACUUUAGUUGUCAAGUUUUCCGUGUAACCGAUAAUUAGCUAGGUAGCUACAGUGCCAAUAUCUAACUUAGGUUAUACGGUGAAUGUGUUGCAAGCUUGAUGCAAAAACGUUAGUCAAUUUAGCUAAGUAGGUAGUUAUUUGUCUCACCAUGAACAAUGGGGAGACUGGCAAUGUACAUGCCAAAGUAGCUGCACUGAGAGAAAUAUGUAUCAAAGAAGUGAACGAACAGAUGCCAGUUCUUGAAAAGCAAGUUUGGGAUUUACCAGCUUCACUCAUAAAGGACAUCUUGCCUCAUUUGAACAUUUUUUAUCUGGAGAGAAUUGAGCCUGCUGCCAAAUGCAAAGGUGUGUCCACUGGCGCUAUCUGGGCUGCUUUAUGGAAAGAUCUGGUAAAAGCAUGGCAUUGCAGAUCCAAGACCACAAUCUCUGCUGAUGAGUGGAGACAGAAAUGCCUUGAAAGGCUUUUUCACCUGACCUUGUCUGGACACAUCCGAUUUGACAGACACUACCUUUCAAACCUUAGCUGCUCUUCCAUCCUCUCUCUGACAGCCAAACAUGUCCAGGUCCUUUCUAUCUUUGCGCCAGCCCGAGAGAUUUGUAAACUGGCUUCAGAUGAAUUGAGGCCGGUCUUGGCCACCUUGGAGAACAAUGUCAGAUGCAUUAAACUGAAGGACACCAGUGCCCUGUUUAAACCGGGCCACGCCAUCAUGUUGUACAUCUUCCAUCGCCUUCUUGACCACGGGUCCGUCAGGGACCUGGUCCUGACGAGGAGCCCCGACACUAGGCUUCUGACCUGGAUUCUGCAGAAGGACAGCAGAAAUCAGUGCAGCAUGCCACAGGCAGACACCAGACGCUUCAAAACAACUUGCAUGCAUGGAGAAAGUGCUUCCAGUGUGCUACCUGAACGCGAAAUUUCAGGUGCUACGUUGAUCAGACGUGGCUCCAGGGCGAUGGACAAUGACGCAUGUUUGACUCCAUUCAAACGUCCGCGGUUGGAUGUAGGACAAAUGGCAGGAGCAGCUGAGACUAGCACUGGAUGCCUUCCUUCUCAGUCCUUUUCAUGGCAGCCUACCGACUCUGAGACUCGGUUUAUCCCAUUCAAUGCAUCCUGCAGUCUCAAUGGGGAAAUCUGUCCCGAAGGACAGAUCCAUUCCCUGGUCCUUGAAGUUUUCAAAGUCAGUAUCUCUAGAACAGUGUCACCCCUUCUGCCCUCCUGCGUGUGUCUGCGCUCGCUCCACUUACACAGCGAAUGGGCCAUUGAAGAAGCUGAUGUGUUGGGGCUGGUGGAUGCCCUUAAGCUGCUGUUUGAGAACCCUGCCUGCUCCCUCACUGACCUGAGUAUCGGCUCGGUGUUGUCCACUCUGCCAGUGUGUACGCUGCUGCUGCACCUGCUGACUGCGUGCCCAACCCUCAAGUCCCUCUCUUUGGAGGCCUCUCCUGUAUUCCACCAAGCAGAGGGUCAUGUGACUCCAGCACCUCAGCCUGCUGUAGACACUGGAUUUUCUCUCGAGAGGUUGUCCCUGAGAUUCCCCCAAGUAUGUGAAAACCUGGAGAACCUGACACUGGUGCUGAGACAUGCCUCAAGCCUGACAUCACUUCAUCUGAUAGGGAUUCAUAAUGGGGGCCACAAGCUUGGCACCCUGCUGCAGUCACUGCCAGAGUUGAAUCCAAACCUAAAAGCCCUGUCCCUGGAAGAUGUCAACUUGGCUAAUUGUCACAAUGAAGUCCUAAGUCUCCUGAACAACUCAAAGCUGGAAGAUGUGCACUUCAAAGACUGCAGACUCCUGGAGAAAUGUAAAGGGAGGGAGGACUUUCUCGACCCUUUUGUGACUGCGCUGAAGGGGCUCUCAUCCCUUCGCUCUCUCACACUUUCCCAAAACCGCCUGGCCCAUGCUGUGAUUGUUCUGGGAGACCUAUUUUCAGGAGACUCUCCUUCCAAGAUACAGAAAUUGGACCUCAGCUCCAACUACAUUUUACCAGUGGGACUGCUGGAAUUUGGGAGGCUGUUGGAGGACAACCCUCCACCGCCUGGACUGACCAUAGAUCUGAGGUGCAACCCCCUUGACCGUGACCCCCAGGUCACAGAGCAAGCCCUGCUGAAGCUCCGCCCUCUCUGCCGUCUCUUUACAGACAACUGGAAUUCCAGGACUACUAUGGCUGACCACGUUAGCGUCAUGUGAACAGUGAUGUGGUCGUCCAUGCCUUCACUAGAUCGCAACAGGAAAUGCACUGUGGAUUUCAUUUUUACAUGUAGAUAAAUUUUGAUGGGAACUGGCUGCCGAUGUAUUUGAAACUUCUUCUAAGUAAAUAGUAACUCCUUGCUGAUGUACGCCUUUGGAAUUGAACAUCUGUACCAAAUGAUCAACAAGACAGACAGUCGAUACAAUAAAUACCUUAUUCACCAAUUUUGUCAUGCUGGGCCACAUUCAGAACAGUAGGAGUUUGUUUCUCACAUAUGAAAAGGACAUAACACCAACCUUUUUUUUAACCUUUUUCAACUCAACUCAAAUUGAAAAUUUAAUUGAAAGUAAUUUUACUUAACUGGCUAGACGGCUAUAUUUCCAUCAAAUUCAGCGCAUUAUCAACAAGUGUAGGAAAAUUUUGAGACUCCCCGUGAUUAUGAUGAUGUCACAGGUUCCUCCAACUCUCAAUGCUCCAUGGUAACAGUACAUCACAUGUAUGACUAUUCACUCAUACAAUCAAUACGUAAUCCAAUAAACCUAUAUCAGUAGUUGCAGCUGAGCUUAUGGAAACGCAAGAAACCACAGUAUCAACUGUAGAGAAAAAGCAAGAGAAUGCAGAAGGCUUAAAAAAAUCACACUUACUUUGAACAUUAAUCAAAUACUAACCACACACUAUUGCCAAUAAAUACAGCAGAGAACACUAAUCAAAAAAACUAACAAUACACUACUGCCAAUAAAUGCGCUAGGAGACUAACAUUUUUACAAAGUGACCCCUAUGUAACCUGAAUACAAUGGAAAAGUACAGGAGGCUGUGACUUGUAUUUGUAAUGAAAAAAUACAGAAUAAAGACUAAUAUUUUUUAAGGGAAAGUUGGGGUAAUUCUCCACAAUGAUGUUAUCACCUAAGAACACAUUGUGGCGCCAAGAAGGUCAGGUGGUGUUUUAAGGAACAUUUUGGGGGGAGUUGUGGGGUGCACAGUGUAUAAAAUAGAUGUAAAACUGACAAUCGGGGUUCAAUUCUGCAGAGUUGAUCCGGCUUUGUGCACUUGUGCGAAUAAAGUCUGACUUUUCUGAAGA